AAAAAAUUUAUUAAUUUCCCAAAUUUUAUUAAGCCAACAAGCUGUAUUUUUCAAAUCAAAAUUUUUAGUUAAAAAAAAUCUUUAUUUAAAAAAAAUCUUUCUUAAAAAAAUACUAAAAAAAAUACAAAAUUCAAAAUGUGUGACCCAUGCUGCCCUCCUUGUGGACCUUGCCCACCAUGUGGACCCUGCAGUCCCUGUGAUCCCUGCUGCGCACCAUUCGAGUGUUCUCCAAAAUGUUAUAAUGGUGCCCAAUUAGAUGCUAUUCCCCAAUGUGCCCCACGCAUACCACCGCCAUUACCCAAAUGUAUAACGGUGCAACAGCCUCCGCGUUUGAUUUGUAAAAAGCGUGUAGUUUUUACCGAAAAAGUUAUACCAGAACCUAUGGUCGUUAAUCGUUGUCGCCAAAUAACUAUACCCAAAGUAGUCGAUACUACGAGAGUUAUUAAAGUGCCCAAGUUGACAUGGGUCUCGCAAAUGGUGCGAGAACCUAGAGUCAUAUAUUAUCCCUCGAUGAUACCAGAUCCCUACGUUGUUUGUUAUCCAAAACGUAUUUGCGAACCACGAGAAGUUUGUCAAUCAAUAUUAUGUCAGCCUAAACCGCAGACUUUAGAUGUGCCACCUCCCAGAGAAUAUUGUUGUUUUCCAACCGGUCCGAUUAAUUAUAAACCCAGUGCUGCUUGUCCUCCCUGUCCCAUUGGACCUAAUACACCGUGUGGUCCUUGUGGUCCCUUACCAUGUUUUUCGACCAGCCAAUAUCCCUUGUGUGAGCCAUGUGGUCCUUGUGGACCUUGCGGCCCCUGUGGUCCUUGUGUUCCCAAUUGUGGACCUUGUGGCAUGACCAUGCCUUCUGGACCCUAUGUUC